GCUACCCUCACAAGUCCCAUUAAUAAAGAGUUCGCACUCUCUGGCUUUCACAGAAAGCGAUAGAGAGAGAGAGAAAGAGAGAGUUGAGUGCUCUGUUCCAUCACUCUUUCUCUGUUCUUCUUCUCUGUUUGUUUUGCAGGUUGAAGAUAAUAAGCUGUUCUAAUGGCGGCACCACCUGGAACAUCGCAAUUACUGAGUAAAGACCUUACCAUCUUGAUCAUGCAGUUCCUUCAAGAGGACAAGUGGCAAGAAACGCUUCAUAAGCUUCAGCAAGAAUCAGGAUACUACUUUGACAUGAAGUACUUCGAGGAAAUGUUGCUCGGAGGUCAUUGGAUUGAAGUCGAGAAGUAUCUAUCCGGUUUCACUAAAUUGGAUGACAACCGCUACUCGAUGAAGAUAUUCUUCGAAAUUCGUAAGCAAAAAUAUUUAGAAGCUCUAGACAGACAUGAUAGAGCUGCCGCAGUAGAUAUCCUAGUGAAGGAUCUGAAAGUCUUUGAAAGUUUAAAUGAAGAAUUGUUUAAGGAAAUAACUCAGCUGCUCACUUUGAACAAUUUUAGAGACAAUGCUCAACUCUCUGCUUAUGUAGAUGUAGAAACUGCAAGAUUGAUGAUGACCGAAGAACUUAAGAAGCUUGUCUUGGCCAACCCUUGUUUCCGUGACAAAUUACAGUUCCCGAAGCUCAAAAAUUCAAGGCUACGGACACUAAUUAACCAGAGCUUAAAUUGGCAGCAUUCCCUUUGUCAUAAUCCUAAACAAAAUCCGGAUAUAAGAACUCUAUUUGUGGAUCACACUUGUAGACAUCCCGAUGAUCCAUUCGCUCAUGUAGCAGCAAAUGGUCAGGCUCCACAGAUGGGUGUAGUACAGAGAGCUGAUGGCUUCAUUCCUAUCGGUGUAAAUGGGUCCUUCCUGGCCCCAAUAGCACAUCCACCAAGUCAACCUCCUCUGUCAACAUGGAUGUCUAACCCCCCCAGUGUCAAUCAGUUAGCAGCUUCAGCAGGAGGUAUUGGUCUUGGCAUUCCAGCAAAUCCAGCUUCUUCUUCAGCUGGUCCAGCGAAUCCCGAGGAUUUAUUCAGAAUGAGGUUCCCUGCGGCUUCAGGCAGGGUUAUAAUGCCAGGAAUUAAUUCAGGCCAUGUUUUAAGUCCAGCAUUGAAUGCAAGAGAUGACUUUCCUAAGGCUGUAGCUCGGAUACUGAAUCAGGGCUCGGUUCCCACUAGCAUGGACUUCCAUCCUCUCCAACAGACUUUACUUCUAGUUGGAACUAAUGUGGGGGAUAUAAGUAUCUGGGAAGUCAGUUCUAGGGAAAAGUUGGUAUCAAGAAGCUUUCAUCCAUGGGAUAUGGCCGCCAGUUCAAUGGCAUUAAAGGCAACUUUAGUUAAGGAUCCAAGUGUCUCAGUUAAGCGUGUACUAUGGAGCCCUGAUGGUUCGCUAUUCGGAGUUGCAUAUUCUAAACACAUGUUGCAGUUGUAUGGUUAUUUUGGUGGUCAUGACAUUCGUCAGCAUAUAGAGAUCGAUGCUCAUGUUGGAAGUGUGAAUGAUCUGGCGUUCUGCACCCCAAUUAGACAACUCUGUGUUAUAACCUGCGGUGAUGAUAAGGCCAUCAAGGUCUGGGAUGCGGCUACUGGAUCAAAGUUGUAUACUUUUGAAGGUCAUGAGGCUCCUGUUCAUUCUGUAUGCCCUCAUAGCAAAGAAAAUGUCCAUUUUGUCUUUUCGACAUCAGUAGAUGGACAAAUAAAAGCAUGGUUAUAUGAAGUAAUGGGUCCCAGGGUUAAUUACGAUGCUCCCAACCUCUCAUGUACAAGAAUGGUUUAUAGUGCAGAUGGUAGCAGGCUUUUUUCAUGUGGGACAAGUAAAGAUGGGGAGUCUCAUGUUGUGGAGUGGAAUGAAAAUGAAGGCACAAUAAAGAGGAACUACCAAGGAUUUAAAAACCUAUCUUUGGGUGUUGUUCAAUUUGACACAACCAGGAACAAGUAUUUGGCAGUUGGUGAUGACUACGUGCUCAAAGUGUGGGAUAUGGAUAAUGUCAAUCUCUUGUCUACUAUUGAGGCCGAAGGAGGUUUACCAGCAACCCCUCGUAUCCGCUUCAACAAGGAUGGUUCGUUGCUAGCUGUUUCUGCCACUGACAACAAAAUCAAAGUUUUGGCUACGACAGAUGGUGUUCGGUUGAUGAGCAAUUAUAAUCAUUCACUUUUUGCCUCUAGAAAUGCAGCAGAAAAGAAUGGUAGCACGAGAAGCAUGGAUGAUAUUAAGAAACCAAGGUUAAGUGAAGAGCUCAACAGAAGAAAAAUCUGGAAGCUCACUGAAAUUAGUGACACUGCUCGUAUUCGAUCUUUGAGGAUAUCAAUGACUACAAUAAAAACAGACAAGAUUGCAAGGUUGGUUUACACUAAUUCAGGAAAUGCCAUUCUGGCAUUAGCAUCAAAUGGAACCCAUCUACUGUGGAGGUGGCCACGAGGUGACCAGAGUACGAGUGGCAAGGCAACAACCAAGGUUUCCCCACGUUUGGUGGAACAAGCUUCAGGCAUCCUGAUGGUUAAUGAUCUUACUGGUGCUAAACCUGAUAAUGCAAUACACUGCCUUGCUUUGUCCAAGAAUGAUUCUUAUGUCGUGUCAGCCUCCGGAGGGAAGAUAUCGUUGUUCAACCUAAUGACAUUCAAGAACAUGUCAAGUUUCAUGUCGCCACCACCUGUGGUAACAUGUCUUGCUUUACACCCUGAUGACAAUAAUAUAGUUGCUGUUGGAUGCGAUGAUUCGACUAUUCACAUAUAUAAUGUCCGCACUAAUGAGGCCAGGAUAACGCUCAAGGGUCACACUAAGGGAGUUACAAGCCUUGCGUUCUCUCAACUUCUGAAGACACUAGUUUCUUCUGGAGCAGAUGCUCAGAUAGUUGUGUGGAGCUCUGAUAAGUGGGAAAAGCAGAAGAAUAGUUUCUUGGAUAUUCCAGCUUGGACAACACCUACAGGACUGGUUGGAAGUCAUCUACAGUAUCAGAAGGAUCAGAAUCACUUUCUCAUUGUACACAGGAUUCAACUUGCUGUUUACGAGACCUUGAGGCUUGAAUGCCAAAAGAAGUGGGUAGUAGGAGAAUCUUCAGCACCACUCUCCUGUGCAACAUUCUCUUGUGACAACCAGUUAGUCUACGCUACCUUUCUGGAUGGAACUGUGUGUGUUUUUGCAGCUUCAAAUCUUCAUAUGCAAUGCCAGAUUAACCCCUACGCUUAUCUGCCACCUAAUGUCAGCUCCGGAACAUACCCCUCAGUGGUGGCUGCGAAUCCACAAGAGCCAAAUCAGUUUGCCGUGGGAUUAACAGAUGGUACAGUUGUCAUGCUCGAACCGCUGGAGUCUGGAGACAGUUGGGGCGUGCCUCCACCAGCAGACAAUGGUUACUUCCAUGCUUCAAUUUCUGCCAAUGGCUCCAGUUUGGAACAACUCCAUAGCUAAGAAGGCCUAGUUGGAAAUACACAGUUCUAGUUAGAUCAAUAAUAAGGCCUUAGAGCCUAGCGUUUUUAGUUUUCUCUCUUUUGGCAAUUUUGCCAAUAUGUAUCUCCUGCUGCAAUGAGCUCAGACUUUAUGCUAAUUUCCAUUAAAUCCGGUAUUUUCCAAUAAUUGCUGAGAUGUGUGAUGAAAA